AUGUUUGGGUCAGAGGACCUGAAUGAGCUGAAAGUGAUUGUUCAGAACGAGGGAGUGGAAGCUCUGAAGUGGAGUCCUAUAUUCCAUUCUUCAUCUGCAGAGGCAACCUGCAGUGUGCAUAGUGACCCCCACUAUUACACUUUUGACAAGCAGUCUCACACAUUCAUGGGAAAUUGCACCUACACCCUGUCCAAGCUUUGUGAUGGGAACAGUACGCUGCCCUACUUCAAUGUGGAAGCAGCGAAUGAACACAGAGGAGGCAACAUGCGCGUGUCCUACGUCCAAUAUGUGGAUGUUGAUGUUUAUGACUUCAGGAUAACUCUGGGUAAAAACAGGGUUGUUAAGGUGAACGGAGUCAUUCAGGUACUUCCUGUGGUACUGUCAUCAGGUGUAAAUAUUUCCUUCAGUGGUCAGUACGUCAUGGUUACUACUGCCUUUGGGCUGAGAGUUAAGUUCAAUGGAGAUCAUAGAGCUGAAGUGAUUCUCUCCAGUAUAUACAAGUCUAAAGUCUGUGGAAUGUGUGGAAAUUACAACGGGUACAAAGCAGAUGACUUUCUUAACCCAGAUGGAGAGAUGGAAGCAAAUUCGGUCAGCUUGGGCAACAGCUGGCAGAUUUAUAAUGACUCCAGUCACUAUGAAGCAUGCACGGCAGCCUGCCCUGCUACCUGUGUCAACCCGAUGGCUCCUGCCAGCUGCAGCCUGCCGUGUGUGGAAGGAUGCGUGUGCGACAGUGGCUAUCUUCUCUACAACGACGGCUGUGUCCCCAGCAGUCAGUGCGGGUGUUGGCACAAUGGCAAACACUACCCUGUUGGCUCUGAAUUCUGGACCGAUGACACCUGCUCCUCUAAAUGCAGAUGUCCCUCUCAGGGGAGCAAAGUAACGUGCUCGAACGCAGCCUGCCCAGCCGAUCAUUACUGUGGGGUUCAGAACGGAAAACCUGGCUGCUACCCUGAGACUUACGGGAUCUGCCGCGUCCACAACGACCCUCAUUACAACACGUUUGACAGAGAGACUCACCACUUCAUGGGGAUCUGCACCUACACGCUGGCCAAAGUGUGCGCCAGCUCCAGCUCUCUGCCUUAUUUCAAUGUAGAAGCCAAGAACGAGCAUCGAGGGAAGCCCACGGUGUCCUAUGUGCAGAAAGUCCUGGUGGAGGUUUAUGGACAACACAUAGAAAUUCUCAGAAACCGUCCAAGCCAAGUGCUGGUCAAUGAGGUGCUAAUGACCCUUCCUGUCAGCGCAGCUGGUGGGUCAAUCAGAGUGAGCAGGAGCGGACGAUACGUUACCCUAGAGACAGAUUUCAGACUGAGGGUUUCCUAUGACACCGAUCACUCGGUGGAAGUGAAGGUGCCCACCACCUAUUUCAACAGGACCUGUGGCAUGUGCGGUAACUUUAACGGUCGGAGACAGGAUGACUAUAUGAUGCCCGAUGGGCAGCAAGCCAAGAACUCUAAUGAGCUGGGAAACAGCUGGCGUGUCAUGGACGACGAUCCCUCUUGCGGUGGUAUCCCACCACCAGACCCCUGCCCUGCAGACCGGGAGAACCUCUACAGAACAGACAGAUUCUGUGGCAUGAUAACCCAGAGGCCUGGCCCCUUUGCGGUCUGCCACUCCGUGAUCAAUCCUGAGAGCAUCUUUGAGAGCUGCGUCUAUGACCUCUGUGCGCUGAAUGGGAGUGAGGAGCUCCUGUGUAGCGCUCUGGCGACCUACGCGGAUGCGUGUCAGGAAGCCGGGGUGACGCUCCCCCCCUGGAGAAAUGCCACCUUCUGCGCUCCCACCUGCUCUGCUCCCAACAGCCACUACGAGCCUUGUAUGACUGCCUGCCCUGCCACAUGUCUGGACCGCCUCGCCCCCGAGAACUGCAGCAAGCCCUGUGUCGAGGGCUGCGCGUGUAAUUCUGGAUUCGUGCUCAGCGGAAGCGCCUGUGUGCCAGAAGCCAAGUGUGGCUGUGUGUUCCAGGACAUAUACUACAGUGAAGGAGAGCGCGUUGUGACGGAGAACUGCACGAGCCGUUGUGAGUGUCUUGGAAACGGCAUCAUGACGUGCAGUGAGCUGUCUUGUGGUCCAGAUGAGAUCUGCAAGAUUCAAAAUGGCCUGCGGGGAUGUUAUCCCGCCGGCACCGUGACGUGCCACAUCUACGGUGACCCACAUUACACCACCUUUGAUGGGAAACUUCACCACUUCCAGGGUGCCUGCAACUACACCGUGGUGGAGACCUGCGAUAACUCCUCUGGCAGUUUUAGGGUUACCACCCGAAAUGAACACCGGGGCAGCCCCAGCUGGACAGCCAUUAACUCCGUCGCUCUCACCCUGGAUGGCGUCCACAUUGCCCUCAGGAAGAACAGGAUGGUCUACGUAAGCGCCUAUCUCAUCUUCAUCCGGAAUAUUAAUGGUGCCCUGGCCUCUCCCCCUGAAACUCCUCUCCCUGGAGUGACCGUUUCACUCAUCGGACGCUACGUACAAAUUACUACCACCCUGGGCGUCCAGCUGCAGUUCAAUGGGGACCACGAGCUCUUUGUAAGAGUGACUGAGAAGUACAAAGGGCGGCUGUGCGGAUUGUGCGGGACGUACACCGGGACCCAGCAGGACGACUUCACGAGACCUGAUGGGGUCGUGGUGGCAGACGCCAAUGAAUUUGGAGCCAGCUGGAGGGUGCCUGACGAUGAGUGGCCGUGUAAUACAACGAUCCUGCCACCGGUAACGUGCACUCCCUCCGAGCAGCUGGCAGCCGAGGAGCGGUGUGGAAUCCUAACGCACCGCGACGGCCCAUUCGCACCCUGCCAUUCUGCGGUGCCACCCCACCUGUACCUUGAGAGCUGUGUCUACGACCAGUGUGCCACAGGAGGAAGCUCUGAGCAGCUCUGCAAUGAUCUGGAAUCGUAUGCGGCAGCCUGUGCAGAGGCAGGAGUCUCUCUUGGGGAAUGGACGGCGGACACUAUCUGCGCUCCUUGUAACAUGUCCUGUUCAUUUGACACUGACUUCUGUGACUGGACACAGUCAGUCUCUGACAGCUUGGACUGGAAACGACACCGGGGGCCAACCUCCUCGCCAAACACGGGACCCUCGUACGACCACACGACAGGAGAGUCUUGUGUGGUAGCAGGGGACCCUCACUACUAUACCUUUGAUAAACAAACCCAUCAUUUCAUGGGGACCUGCGCCUACACCCUGUCCAAACUGUGUGAUGGGAACAGCACGCUGCCCUACUUCAAUGUGGAAGCAGCGAAUGAGCGCAGAGGAGGCAACACACGCGUGUCCUAUGUUCAAUAUGUGGAUGUUGAUGUUCAUGGCCUCAGGAUAACACUAGAGAAGGGGGGAGUCGUGAAGGUAAAUGGAAAGGGAGAGAUUAUCAUCCCCUUUGCACCAUCGCCGGGUGUGCAAAUCUCCCCCAGUGGGCUUUACGUCAUGGUCAGCACAGACUUUGGGUUGACCGUGAAGUUUGAUGGGAACCAUCGAGUGGAAGUGACCCUUCCGAGCUCCUUUAAAGAGAAGGUUUGUGGGAUGUGUGGGAACUACAACGGGAACGCAGCGGACGACUUUCUGAAUCCAGAUGGGGUGCUGGAGCCAGACUCUACCAGCCUUGGCAACAGCUGGCAGGUCUCCAACCACAGCAGUUGUCCUCCAGGAACAGGCCAUGACCCAGUCUGCGACGAGAGUGAUAAGCAAAUCAUUGCCAGCAGUGCUUUCUGUGGUCUCCUGACAGAUGUGAACGGCCCAUUUAAAAAGUGCCACGGGGUGCUAGAUCCUACCAUUUACUUCAGCAGCUGCGUUUAUGACCAGUGUGAAUUGCAAAUGGAUCCCGACUCCCUCUGCAAGAGUCUGCAGUCUUAUGCAGAUGCCUGUCGGUCAAGGGGAGCUGAGAUAGAUGCCUGGAGGAAUGCUACCUUCUGCCCCAUUGACUGUCCACGCAACAGUCACUAUGAAGCAUGCACGGCAGCCUGCCCUGCUACCUGUGUCAACCCGAUGGCUCCUGCCAGCUGCAGCCUGCCGUGUGUGGAAGGAUGCGUGUGCGACAGUGGCUAUCUUCUCUACAACGACGGCUGUGUCCCCAGCAGUCAGUGCGGGUGUUGGCACAAUGGCAAACACUACCCUGUUGGCUCUGAAUUCUGGACCGAUGACACCUGCUCCUCUAAAUGCAGAUGUCCCUCUCAGGGGAGCAAAGUAACGUGCUCGAACGCAGCCUGCCCAGCCGAUCAUUACUGUGGGGUUCAGAACGGAAAACCUGGCUGCUACCCUGAGACUUACGGGAUCUGCCGCGUCCACAACGACCCUCAUUACAACACGUUUGACAGAGAGACUCACCACUUCAUGGGGAUCUGCACCUACACGCUGGCCAAAGUGUGCGCCAACUCCAGCUCUCUGCCUUAUUUCAAUGUAGAAGCCAAGAACGAGCAUCGAGGGAAGCCCACGGUGUCCUAUGUGCAGAAAGUCCUGGUGGAGGUUUAUGGACAACACAUAGAAAUUCUCAGAAACCGUCCAAGCCAAGUGCUGGUCAAUGAGGUGCUAAUGACCCUUCCUGUCAGCGCAGCUGGUGGGUCAAUCAGAGUGAGAAGGAGCGGACGAUACGUUACCCUAGAGACAGAUUUCAGACUGAGGGUUUCCUAUGACACCGAUCACUCGGUGGAAGUGAAGGUGCCCACCACCUAUUUCAACAGGACCUGUGGCAUGUGCGGUAACUUUAACGGUCGGAGACAGGAUGACUAUAUGAUGCCCGAUGGGCAGCAAGCCAAGAACUCUAAUGAGCUGGGAAACAGCUGGCGUGUCAUGGACGACGAUCCCCCUUGCGGUGGCAUCCCACCACCAGACCCCUGCCCUGCAGACCAGGAGAACCUCUACAGAACAGACAGAUUCUGUGGCAUGAUAACCCAGAGGCCUGGCCCCUUUGCGGUCUGCCACUCCGUGAUCAAUCCUGAGAGCAUCUUUGAGAGCUGCGUCUAUGACCUCUGUGCGCUGAAUGGGAGUGAGGAGCUCCUGUGUAGCGCUCUGGCGACCUACGCGGAUGCGUGUCAGGAAGCCGGGGUGACGCUCCCCCCCUGGAGAAAUGCCACCUUCUGCGCUCCCACCUGCUCUGCUCCCAACAGCCACUACGAGCCUUGUAUGACUGCCUGCCCUGCCACAUGUCUGGACCGCCUCGCCCCCGAGAACUGCAGCAAGCCCUGUGUCGAGGGCUGCGCGUGUAAUUCUGGAUUCGUGCUCAGCGGAAGCGCCUGUGUGCCAGAAGCCAAGUGUGGCUGUGUGUUCCAGGACAUAUACUACAGUGAAGGAGAGCGCGUUGUGACGGAGAACUGCACGAGCCGUUGUGAGUGUCUUGGAAACGGCAUCAUGACGUGCAGUGAGCUGUCUUGUGGUCCAGAUGAGAUCUGCAAGAUUCAAAAUGGCCUGCGGGGAUGUUAUCCCGCCGGCACCGCGACGUGCCACAUCUACGGUGACCCACAUUACACCACCUUUGAUGGGAAACUUCACCACUUCCAGGGUGCCUGCAACUACACCGUGGUGGAGACCUGCGAUAACUCCUCUGGCAGUUUUAGGGUUACCACCCGAAAUGAACACCGGGGCAGCCCCAGCUGGACAGCCAUUAACUCCGUCGCUCUCACCCUGGAUGGCGUCCACAUUGCCCUCAGGAAGAACAGGAUGGUCUACGUAAGCGCCUAUCUCAUCUUCAUCCGGAAUAUUAAUGGUGCCCUGGCCUCUCCCCCUGAAACUCCUCUCCCUGGAGUGACCGUUUCACUCAUCGGACGCUACGUACAAAUUACUACCACCCUGGGCGUCCAGCUGCAGUUCAAUGGGGACCACGAGCUCUUUGUAAGAGUGACUGAGAAGUACAAAGGGCGGCUGUGCGGAUUGUGCGGGACGUACACCGGGACCCAGCAGGACGACUUCACGAGACCUGAUGGGGUCGUGGUGGCAGACGCCAAUGAAUUUGGAGCCAGCUGGAGGGUGCCUGACGAUGAGUGGCCGUGUAAUACAACGAUCCUGCCACCGGUAACGUGCACUCCCUCCGAGCAGCUGGCAGCCGAGGAGCGGUGUGGAAUCCUAACGCACCGCGACGGCCCAUUCGCACCCUGCCAUUCUGCGGUGCCACCCCACCUGUACCUUGAGAGCUGUGUCUACGACCAGUGUGCCACAGGAGGAAGCUCUGAGCAGCUCUGCAAUGAUCUGGAAUCGAGAUGUAUCUCCAACAACUGUGAGCACCACAUCAACCACCUCUACCCCUUCUGUAGGGACAACCACACCACCUCCGUCGCCAAGUUCAGUAGACACCUCAACGACUUCAAGUCCAACUACAGUAGGCACCAGUCCACCAGGAGAGUCCCCGACCACAGCAACUCCAACGACAGCAGAGCCCUGUCAGACAGUAGACGCCUCAACGACUUCAAGUCCAACUACAGUAGGCACCAGUCCACCAGGAGAGUCCCCGACCACAGCAACUCCAACGACAGCAGAGCCCUGUCAGACAGAUGCUCCCCUGACCAAGUGCUGGUCUGUGACCCCCAGCUGGAGAGCGAAGCGAGGGAGGACACAGCUUGUGGCAUGAUCACCGACCCGACAGGUAUCUUCAAGGACUGUCACGCCAAAGUAGCUCCAGAGAUUUUCUUGGAAAACUGUGUUUACGACAUGUGUCACACUAAGGAGCCGACAGUGUCCUUAUGCAACGGGCUGCAGGCUUAUGCAGAGUCGUGCACAAAUGCUGGGAUCUGCAGAGAAUGGAGAAAUAAUACUUUGUGCCCAAUCUCCUGUCCGGGAGGAAGCCAGUACAAGAGCUGUGGGAGCAGGUGUCCUUCCACCUGCGUGACUCCCUCUGCGUUUAGCCCUUGCAGCUCCUUACCAGUGGAAGGCUGUUUCUGUAACGAAGGCUACGUUCUGAGUGGAGACACCUGUGUGCCGGAGAGCAGCUGCGGUUGUGUGGAUGGAAACAACCACUAUCAUCAGCUCAAUAAGGAGAGAGUCCACACUCCGGUAAAGAACCGAUUACGAGGCGUGUCCAUAGGAAAUGUGGGCAUUUACAUGGUGGUGGAAGCUGACUUUGGACUGCUAGUGAAAUACGAUGGAAAUCAGCACUUGGAAAUCAGCCUCCCAGAAUCUUACUUCUCCAAGGUAUGUGGCAUGUGCGGUAACUAUAAUGGCCAGCGUGGGGAUGAGCUGCUCAUGCCCAAUGGCAUGCAGGCUAACAACGUCACACAGUUUGGAAACAGCUGGAAAGUGGAAGCCGACAGUGAUGCGGGCUGCUUGCCAGACACACAAGAAGAGCUGGGCCCACCUUGCACGGCAGAGGAGAAGCCAGGCAUUGAAAACCAGUGCAAUGUUUUAAAGUCAGACACCUUCAAACCAUGUCACCAUCUGAUUGAGCCUGACCUCUUCAUCCAGACCUGCAUCUACGACAUGUGUAAAUAUGACGGCAUGCUGUCCACUCUCUGUGCCAUCACACAGGCCUAUGUGGACACCUGCAAGAAGCAGGGAGUCAUCAUUAAAUGGAGGACCAGCACAUUCUGCCCAUUGCCUUGUCCAUCCAACAGCUAUUACACUGAGUGUGCUUCUCCCUGCCCAGCCACAUGUAAUAAUAUUUAUGCAUCGUCCCUCUGUGAAAAGCCAGCGGAAUGCACGGAAGGUUGUGUUUGCAAUGAGGGUUACGUGCUUAGCGAUGACCAGUGUGUACUACUGAGCGAUUGUGGCUGCAGGGAUGAUGAAGAUAACUACUACAGCGCUGGGGAGAGCUGGGUAAAACCCCACUGCAGCCACAAAUGCAAGUGUCAGAAGGACAACGCCAUCCAGUGCCAGCUCUAUGGCUGUGAUGCUUGGGAGAUCUGUAUCCUCAACAACAAGGGGAAAUACCAAUGUAAACCGACAGGCUUUGGGAAGUGCCUCAUCACUGGAGAUCCACACUACCUGACGUUUGAUGGCUUGAUGCAUCACUUCCAAGGCAAACAUACAUACAUGCUGUCUCAGACUGUCUCCAGCAUCCCUGACCGCCUGCCAUCCUUCAGCAUUGAGGGAAAGAACAAGCUUUUCCCCGGAGGGUCCCCCAUUUCUUUCCUCCAGGAGAUACAUGUCACCGUUUACAAUCACACAGUGUGGUUCAGGCAGAAGAAGCAGCUUGUGCUGGAUGGAGUGAAAACCAUCCCCCCUGCCCAGCCUCAUGAAGGUCUUCGCAUAUACCAGAGACCUACAAGAAUUUACAUGGAGACAGAUUUUGGCUUAUCGCUCAGCUAUGAUGGUGCUGAAAACUUAGAUAUAACCCUGGCCAACACCUACAAGAACAAAGUCGAAGGCUUGUGCGGCAACUUUGAUGGGAAGUAUAAAAACGACUUUACCAAGCCAGAUGGCACUCGAGUGAAGGAUGUGGAUGUGUUUGGGGAAAGCUGGAAAGUCCCCAUCACAAGAACAUUCCCCCGGCGCAGGCGAGAAGUCCUUUCAGACGAGGAGCUUGACAAUGUCGAGUUAAACACAGGGCUCGCUGGAGGCUGCGAUCCCAGUGAGCUGAGCCUUGUGAAUGCCACUUCCAAGUGUGGGAUUCUUACCGAUCCAAAAGGUCCCUUUGUAAAGUGUCAGUCCAAUGUCUCCGUCGAGUUCUUCCAGAUGGGCUGUGCCUUUGACCUGUGUGCGGAAGCCGAGAACAAUGCUGUGCUGUGUCGGCACCUGGAGCAGUACGCGCUGGUCUGUCAGGAGAAUGGGAUCACUUUGGAAAACUGGAGAGCACAGACGCCUUGUGAGAUGCAGUGUCCCCCAAACAGCAAGUACAGCAGCUGCAUGACUGCGUGCCCAGAUUCCUGCGGCAACCUGGCAGCCUCCUCCGAGUGCGAGUCGCCCUGUGUCGAAGGCUGCGAAUGCCUCCCUGGAUACGUUCUCAGUGGCUAUGACUGCGUGCCCUACAAGGAGUGUGGCUGCAGCUUCCUCAACACAUAUUAUAAGACUGGAGAAACGUUUGUGACCGAUGACUGCUCUCAGACUUGUGAGUGCACAACUAGUUCCAGCGUUGCCUGUACUAGGGCAGCGUGUUCCAGCCGAGAGAUCUGUGCCGUCGCUAACUUCACACGCGGAUGCUACACGCCUGGCCCAUGUCUGCAGAAUCUUUGUGAGAAUGGUGGGACUUGUAUUGAGGAUACAAGCGAAUCCAGCAACAGCUCUUCCAACUUCACUUGUGUGUGCCCUGACGGAUACGAGGGGUCUCUCUGUGAGGCUGAAACACCAGUUGUCCCACUGAAACAUGUCAGCUCUCUGGUCUACAUCAUUGUGGGAGUUUCAGCAGGAAUCAUCGUCCUCGCUGUGAUCAUCUCCCUGGUUGUGUGGCGAUCCAGGUUAAGAAUUAACAGGAAAAAGUCACGGGAAUUCCCCAGGAGGAGGAAUUUGUCUUUGACCCAAUCAAGAGAUGCGCUGGACCAGAACUCACAUGUGCCAGACUACAGCUCCGUUACCAAUGCUGCAUUUGAGUAGGAUGAAAAUCAGUCACGUUUUAAUUACUGGCAUUUUUUUCUUCCAUCUGUUUGUUUUUGUUUUUGUUUUUUUUUUUGCUGUUGUAUUCUAACAAGUGUUUCUAACCCUUUCCUAAACAAUAAUAAUGUCUAAUAAACCACUGUACUUCUGAAUGCUCUACUAUGCUCUGUUCUUCCUAAUGUCUCCUGCAAACCCUUGUUGAAGCCACUUCGUCCUGACUCACACUAGAGAUCUCAUUGACUUCAGGUGCACUGCUCGUUUGAGUCGGGACUGGAUGGAAUUCACCCCGCACAAGGCUUAGCAACAAUUACUUCCCACAUGGCCUAGACACCACUAACGCCCCACGUCAGCCCAGAGAGCCCAGUGCUGGCUCUGUACAAUUAUCC